UUAAGAAAAGUUAUUUAAACAUGAAGAGAGACUACUUUGCGAUUUACUGUGGCAGCAGAAAGUUAAAUAUCUCAAAGGAGGUUCUAACAUCUAACAGUGACUACUUUCGUGCCAUGUUUGAUUCGGGUAUGACCGAGUCACAGAAAGGGAAGUUACGAGUCCGUAUGGACGAAGACGAUAUGUUCAGUCCAAAAACCUUACGUCGGGUUUUCGGAUUUCUAAAGAACUUAGAAAAUUGCGGUCGAAACCGUAAAGCUGGUGUUUCUUUUUGGAAGGCAAAAGAAGAAUUGACAAAUAAACGAAACAAGGGUUACCAGCGAUACACCUCAAGUGAAAGUAAACUCUGCAGUUGGAUUAAAAAGGCUUCUACCGAAGACGUAAGACACUUGUUGUCAGCUGUUGGUUAUUUUCAAAUGCACGGCCUAAUGCAACAACUAAUGACAUGUAAAAGUGAAAGUAUGGAUCACGUUUUAGCAGCCAAGGUUCUACCCUUUGCAUUAGAUUGCGGUAUGCUCGAUUUGCACACUCUAGCGUUCAACUCUGUCGUACAAAACUACAUCGAAUUUCUGCGUUACGUGGACAGUGACACUAGCGCCAUCACUCGGGAGCUUUCGGCCGAGAUUCUGACCGCUCGUUGUCUUGGAAAAGACACGCCAGACAACGACCUGUGCGCGCUGUACAGAACAGACGUAGAAAUUUGUGACAACGGAGGGGUUCGAUGCUCGUACACUUUGGUCAAAUUUUCUCCAACAAAUGACGUCACAGACUCGCAGUGGAAAGCGGAAAUAGUUGAUGACAUCACAACUGACGCAGACGAACACGUGGUCGAUACCGUCACAAUUAACAAUUAUCUAUAUGUCGUCACGUCACAAUACGUCAGACCGAACACAAACAUAAGAAUCUACAGAUACAACCCAAAUUAUAAGUCAACGAAAAGAGCCGAUAAACAUAACACUACCAACAGAUGCAGCAUGGACUUAUCGGCUAAAAAGCUCUACACUGUAGGUAGUGGCACUUGUACGCCAACAACGACUCCAACAAAUAAGUCUACCAACCAGUCACCCAAUAUUUGUCGUGCUUGGUGCCUGGAAUCAGCAGUGUUGACCAAACACGGUUAUGUGACUGGUUUUCAAGCUACUACCGGUACAGCAAUAAACGGUUCUCACGAUAAAUGCGGCAGCACUGGAAUUUACAUUCUUGGGGCACGACGCACGACACAAGGCAGAAGAACAAGAACACAGAAUACAGAGUAUUUAACUGACGUUGAUUGCUACGACCCAAUAAAGAACCAAUGGUUUUCAAAGGCACCAAUUCGAGUUACCGAUCACAUCAAAACCGGCUGUUUGAGUGCUUUGAAACGAACCCAAUCUACAAGUAUCGAUGCUAUUUGCGUGAAACCGACCACCAACAAAGAUGGGCAAAUAAGAGUUUCAAUACAAAAGCGACCAAGUGACCUCAAUGCAGAUUACGCGCUCGGUCGAUCGGGCCAAAUUCAUGACGUCGUUUCUAAGCGUGGUACAGUUUUCCGUGACGUCACGAACUUGAUUUAUGACCCGCUAGACAAUAGUUGGGAAACGGAACGACACAGCGAUUGCAACGCAGGCAUGGGGACUUGGUUUCAACGGCAAGACCCCCUCUUGCGAAAUGACAUUCAAAAUGAGGCAUUCUAUCAUUCAGGGAGCCAAGUAGUAGCUCGGUACUGCAAUGAAUCGUCGGCCUUUCGACUAAUUAGCGAUAAAACUGCCAGAAAAGGAUCGGACGCCGUUCGGUUGGAAGUUACGAACAGAAGGAAAUGCGGAGAACAAUCUACUAAAGUUAUUUACAAUAUCCCGACGCCAUUGAGCACAAAUUACGACCAAAAUGCUAUUGAGCUCAGCCGAGUGGACAAUGUACUCGUUAAUUCUCAAUUAGCCGUUCCCUUGCUGUUUAAGUUGCGUUUUCCACAAAGCCACAUGUAAUUUGUGUGAUUUCUUGCACACGCACUCUUCAAAUCUUAUAGAGUCGUUUUCUUAUUUCGAUUCUGUACUCGGUCGCUUUUUUGUACUUACCGAAUUCGAAUUCCACUGACUUGAAUAAUCUUCCUACUUCAAUUUCUUGCUGUGAUUCUUCUGCUCGUUUUCCAUUUACCUUUUCCACUGUGAAAAUAAAAUAAAAAUUGCAAAUUA